CGUGUUAAUAUAGUUGUCAAUAAGGAGAUUAACCCAUCUAACUACUCUCACUACUCCGGCGACCUCACGACGAAAGCGUUUGCUUUGUUGGUGAGGUUAAAAAAAUAAUAAAUAAGAAAACAAAUCCAGAAAAAAGGUAAAAGAUUAUAUAGGAAAAAGGAAAAGGAAACAAACAACAUGCCAAGCCCGGGGCGUCCGAGUCAAAUCGCUCCGUCCAACUCGUCCUCCAUCUCCUCGGACGCCAAAUUACCGUCGCCAUUUCCCCAACCACCACAAUGAAUUGAAGGUUUUGAUCAACCGCUCGACCAUCCAUCGCAUUUUCGCCUCCAGAUCCGGCGCCCUUUCGUCCUCCGCGCACAGCUGGGGAGAGAAUUCAACGCACCGUCGCCGGAGAUUAUCUGACGAGAACCAGAAAGAGGAAGAAAAAUCAGAACAGAGGAGGAAGAAAAUGAGUUUUGUUUUCCGCGGGACCAGAGCUGAAUUAGAUUUAGAAAAUGGCUUUCCUGGAUUCGUCCCUGAGCGCCGUGCAAUGCGAGUUCAUCCGACUCGGCCGGUUAAUUCCAACUCGCUUGUAUUCCUCGUCACAGCAGUUCUAUUGUUGUUCAUGAUAUUGAACUCACACCAAAUGCCUCCCAAUUUCCUGCUAUGGCUGGUGCUUGGGGUAUUUUUGAUGGCCACAAUCUUGAGGAUGUAUGCAACUUGUCAACAACUGCAAGCUCAGGCGCAAGCUCAUGCGGCCAUUGCCAGUGGGCUACUUGGCCAUACCGAAUUAAGGUUGCAUAUGCCACCAUCCAUAGCUCUUGCAACCAGGGGACGUCUACAGGGCCUCAGACUCCAGCUUGCUCUCCUUGAUAGAGAAUUUGAUGACCUAGAUUAUGAAACUUUGAGAGCACUGGAUUCUGAUGUUGUUCCCACCACUUCAAUGAGCGAGGAAGAGAUAAAUGCCCUUCCUGUUCAUAAUUAUAAGAUUUCUGGUCCUCAGAUUUCGGUCCCUCUAGUGCAACAAGCAUCAUCGUCCAUUCCUACAGAGCCAAAGCAGCAGCAGGAGACAUCAAAUAGGUUUGGUAGCUUGAAGGCUUCAGAGGAUGAACUUACUUGCAGUGUAUGCUUGGAGCAAGUGGAUGUUGGAGAAGUCAUACGAACCCUCCCAUGUCUGCAUCAGUUCCAUGCCAUUUGUAUUGACCCAUGGUUGAGGCAACAGGGAACAUGCCCAGUUUGCAAAUACAGAGCAGGAUCCAGCUGGGCUGAAAAUGGACAAGCUCUGGAUGCUGCAUACAUGGUUUAGCUUUUAACCUCUGCAUCAAUUGACUCAGUCUACCUCUCCAAAGGAUAGAAAGUAAAAGGUUCACUGGAGUUCCUAUUGAACAAAGAUGGAAGGUCUAAUUUAACAGUUACUGUGUGUGUGCCUAACACUAAAUCGUAAAUCUUUCUGACUAGUGCACACUGCAGAAAAGAUGCGGAUUGAUGUAUUUAGUAACAUCAUAACAUUUUGUAAUAUAGAUUACUCGGGAAGUUGGCAAUCGAAAAAUCACAGUUAUUAUAGUAACUUUUUACUUGCCGUGGAUACUUGAUUGAGUUGGGAGAAGUCUCACAUCAGGCAAUGGUUGCUCUGUGUUUGUUAGCCUUAACACCUCAAAAUCAUACACUCAAAAUGAUAUUGAAAUUGUUACUAUCUGCUAGCAGAGUAGCUGGUAAUUUAUUGGCCUUAACAGUCGCGCUAUCGCUCUGAGUGAGUCGACAACUACAGUUGAGUUUCAAAUACAACAAUAUGGAAGAGCUAAAACUGGGAAGCUGGAGCACAUUCCUUUGUUACUUGGACUUCCCUUUUCCCUUCCCUCCACCCUUCUUUGCGUCUAGUUUGGCCUGAAUACGAGCAGCGGCAGCAGCUUUCGCUUCUUCUCGUUUCUUCUUCUCUUCCUCUUUGACUGCAGCCGCCAUUUCCCUUUGCUUCUUCAGCUCAUCUAGCCUAGCUCUCUCCUCUGAAACACUGCUCAUGCUGGAACCUUUCCGAGGACGACAAGCCACAAGUUCCACCUCGAAAACAAGAGUUGCACUGCAUCAAGAGAAAACGUGCCCUAUCAGAAAACAGACUCAGAUCAUGAUUUAACACAACUGUCUAGCUAUAGCAUUACUCUGCUGGAAUAUCCGGUGGAGAGCCUGCACUGCCAUAGGCGUACUCCGGCUUGCAAGUGAUCUUUGCAACCUCUCCCACCUUCAUCGUUCUCAAGGCAACAUCCCAUGCCCGAAUCACCGAACCACUUCCAAUUUCGAAUGAGAAGAUUGUGUUGUCUUCAUGUGUGGUAUCAAAGACUUCCCCGGUGUCGGCUAAUGUGCCCUCGUAAUGAACAUCAACAAGAGGAAGAUCAUCUGAAGGUUCAACUGCAUCGGCUUUUGCACGCCUUACGAUCUUCUUCAUGACACCUCCAUCGCCGGUUAAGUCAAUUGCAUCACCCAUUGCUUUGACAGACCUGCUUCAGCGGCUCAGACCAGCGUGAGGAUCGGAAAGGAGACUCGAAGAAUUAAGAGAAUCGCAGAGGAUUUGGGGAGGAAACUCAGCGUCGAUGUCGUUGGCCAUAGGCGUCUGGAGCUUCCUGAUUAGUUCGUUCAGCUGCGCAGGAAAUGCUGCUGGGGUUUUGU